AUGAGUGCGACGGCGCGGAUGCAUCGCUCGCCAAGCGUGGCAGCGAAUCAAGGAACCCGACCAAUACAAGCCGGUUCGGGCCGCAACGGCAUCAAGGGACCGCUCGACAGCAAGUUUGGCGAUAGUCACGGCGAGAAGGAUGCAUCCUCCAGCACGACUCUCGGCCUACUACGGCUCGAAUGGGAGCUCUUGACUCUGAGUACAGCUGUCAAGUUGCUACUUUGGCCUACUUACCACUCGACCGACUUUGAGGUGCACCGCAACUGGCUUGCUAUCACCCAUACCCUUUCAAUCCGUGACUGGUAUUUUGAAGCCACUUCGCAUUGGACACUCGACUACCCACCUUUCUUUGCAUACUUCUCAUACAUCCUAGCGCUACCCGCGCCCCUUGUCGACCCACUGAUUGCAAGUUUGCACCAAGGGCUCGAAUACGCGGCAUGGUCGUGCAAGGCGUACAUGCGAGCAACGGUGGUUGUGACAGAGCUUGUACUGGCAGCGGCGCUACUUGCACAUUCCAGACUCGGAUCGCAGCGAGCGAUCAAGAUCGGCUAUGCGCAAGAGGCUUCAAAUACCGGCGCGACGACGUCACAGCUGCUGGCAGCGAGUCUGCUGAUGCAUCCAGGACUGAUUAUCAUCGAUCACAUCCACUUCCAGUACAAUGGCUUCCUAUUCGGUCUACUCGCCUGGUCGCUCUGGGCUGCUCGGGAGGAUCGACCUUUGCUAUGCGCUUUUUUGUUCAGCUCGUUGCUCAACCUCAAGCACAUCUACGUCUAUGUAGCGCCGCCGUUCUUCAUCUUCCUUCUUCGCUCUUACGUCUUUCCCGUCGGCAGUACAACGGGCGAUCUAGGACGUAGCGUGGAAAGGCUCAUCACUGUCGGCGUGGUGACGUUGAUGCCGUUUGUGCUCAGUCUCGCACCUUUGGCGAUCGACGGGUUGCGACACCAAGCAGGACCAUUCGGCGUGCUUUCGCAGAUGGUCUCACGACUAUUUCCCUUCAGCCGUGGUCUCAUUCACGCCUACUGGGCACCGAAUGCGUGGGCACUGUGGACCUUUGCUGAUCGCCUUCUCGUCAAACUUCUCCCCCGCAUUCCUGCGAUCCGUGCGUUACUUCCGGCAAGCUUCCUGGCACGAUACCAAGCAUCGGCAAGCACCGGCUUUGCAUCGGCAUCUCGUGGCUUGGUGGAAAACAUCUCAUUCGGCGUGUUGCCCGAUAUCAGCCCCUGGACGUGCUUCCUUCUGACACUGACAUGGAUGUCAAUUUAUAUGGUCAAGCUAUGGCAAAAGCCCACCUACCGAACCUUCUUGGCCUCGGUGAGCUUAUGCGGCUUUGCAUCCUUCCUGUUCGGCUGGCACGUGCACGAAAAGGCCAUCAUGCUGCCCCUGAUUCCGUACACUUUCUUGGCAGCGGACGACUAUUGGCACUUGCGAACGUUUGUACUGCUCAGCACGGCGGGGACUGUGUCGUUGUUCCCCUUGCUCUUUACGCCACAGGAGGGGCCGAUAAAGAUCGGAUACUCGAUCGUUUGGGCGUUGUUGGUGUUUGGAACGCUGCAGAAGCGCCUGUUUAGGCCGGUGCAGUCGAAUCUGGGGAUCUUAAUGCAUCGAUUGGAGACGGUGUAUUUGUGGGGCUUUGUUGCGUUGCAGGCGUAUGUGUCGGUGGUGCAUCCGCUCGUCUUUGCUUCAAGAAGUGGGCCGGACGUCGGAGCGGUUGCGAAUAUCACACACGGUCUUGAUAUUGCAUCGCUGGUGCAGAGUGCUGAUGUACCAUCAAUAGCAGAGCCAGCAACAGCGUCCAUCAUCGAAGCAGUUGCCGGCAGCAUAGACGACCGAGCGGUGCCGAUCACCGAUGUAGCGACGGAAGAGGAUGCGCUGCCGGCUGAAGAGACAAUCGCUCCCGACACUACCGCCGAGUUUGAUGCGCCUCAAACAGCAGUGACGCCAGCGGAUCUACUCUCGAUUCCUGCCACGCCAGCAGCGAGAGAAACAGACGCAGCAGUAGAGAAGGAGCAAAAGCGCAGCGCUUCACCAACAGAGUCGGCAUCAUCAUCUCGGAUGGAGUUCUUGCCGCUCAUGAUGGUGAGCGUAUACUGCAGCAUUGGCGUCCUUUGGGCUUGGAUCCGCGCUUCCACUUUAUACCUCCUGAGCGAGUCGUGA